AAACGGCUGGCCAAAUAAAAACAAGAAAAUCGAAUUGGAUGAAGGUGUGGACUACCGAGGACUGCCAUGUAAUGAUACCGCGAUUGGGCGACGUUCAAUGACUUCGGAAAUAAUGCUCGCGGAUAUCUUGCAAGACUUAGCAAACGACACCAGCGACUCGGACGGCGUAGAGCAGCUGGUUGUGACCGCUCUCGGCUCUUGCGGACAGCAUUACAUAUGCUGGAAGACACAUUCGGGGGAAUACAGGCAACGCUCCAAUGGACUCCCGAAACCUCUACAAGAUUGGCUAUUCCCGGCCGACGGUAGCACGAGAGACUUCGAGACUCUGCAGGUGAUACUAUCCGGCGAAAACACGUUCUGGGCGUCCGAUAUGAAUGGCGAGGUGCGCAGCGAGCCCCCGGGACCGCAGCAACGGCUCCGACGAGCCCUGACACUCAGCGGCGACAGCUUCGCCCCGUCUCCCCGACAGCAAACUGGUAGACCACGAGGACUUUCUAGGGGCGAAGCCGAUGAGCGGCCGCGAUCGAGUACGACACCGUCUAGGUCGCCCACGGUGGACCACCUGCCCGGCCCACAUCUCAAGCCACCUGCAAGCCAUAGCAGAUCCUCAUCAACGGACAAAUUGCGUAAAAUUGCACUUGUUCCGCUGGCAUUCAACCAACAGCGAAGGUCGUGGGCUAUGCGACCGCGUAGUUUGGUGUACGGACACGACGACCUUGGCGCGCUUAAAGAACAACCGAGUCCCAAGCGGAGGAGCGCACCGUCUGUACCAGCGAAAUCCCCCAGGAUGCCUGCAGCAGUCACGGAGGACAAGAUUAAUUGUACUUGCGGUUGCCAUAGCGAUGGUACUAAAGGCGUACGAAGACGGGUAUCAGAGGUGGAAACAAAAGUGGAAGCAAAGCCCAAGUCACGCUACGCAGAUGCGUGCGUACAGACAGAUCCAGUACCGGAUCCAGAGCCCGAAGUCGCCGAAGACAAGUUCAGACAUCGGCCAAGGAGGCAUCAUCGCCGAGAAUCCACUUCAUCUGAUGCCAGUACAGCCGACUCGUAUCGGUCGUCAUACGCCAGCAGUAAGCGGUCUAGCUUCGACACCGUCACGACGCAGCCCGAUGCCGCGGAGUACCUGGAGUCUAAAGGGAUAGGGGAAGUAAGGAGGUGGCAACAACCACACCAACCUCAAGCAUGGGAUUAUGUGCCGAAUCCUAUUAUGAUGGGUCGUAUGCAAGAUUAUUUCCGCUCCUCGACGUACACUCUUGGGGCCGCACUCCAAUCGUAGAUCAUUGGGAGGAAUCUAUCGGCAUUCUCUUUGAUGGCACGAAUCAGUCGCGUGCGUGUAUAAAAAACAGCAAGGCGUUCUCGGUGCAAGGUAUAUACACCUACUCGUUGGGAUCUGUCUUGAUUUUGAGUAUAUAGAUUUUUUAAUCGUUCAGGCCGUAGCACAUACAUAUACGAU